CCCACCAAGGGGGUGCCCUCGUGCCCCAACGUGCUGCAGGCUGAAGCUCUGCUCGAGUCUGCCAACAUGCUGUAUGUUGUCUACCCGUACGUGCAGUACUGUCUGCAUGACAUCGUGACGUUCAGCCCGGCCAAGCUCACCAACAGCCACGCCAAAAUCCUCUUCCUCCUCUUCCACGUGCUGCAGGCCAUGAGGGCUUGUCACCAAGCAGGUCUGGCUUGUGGCGCCUUUUCCCUUCAAGAGGACAAGCUGUGCAGUCGGCUCCGUGUGAACUUCAGAGAGUACGAGGAGCCGAAAAAGGAGGAAGUGAAUCUGGAGGCCGGUGUGGAACGAGUGAGUGAGCAAAGCCACACUGGUGUGCAGGGGCAGGAGGUGAAGUGCACUGCCUGCCAGAAGGAGCUGCGAGACCUGGUGUUGCAGUGGGUGCAUGGGCAGGUCAGCAACUUUGAAUACCUUAUGCGUCUAAACAGUUUGGCUGGGAGGAGAAUGGGAGACCCCAAUUAUCACCCAGUUCUUCCAUGGGUGGUGGACUUCACUACCAAAAAUGGCAAGUUCAGAGAUUUAAGGAAAUCCAAGUUCCGUCUCAACAAGGGAGACAAACAGCUGGACUUCACCUACGAGAUGACCAAGCAGGCGUUUGUUGCCGGGGGGUCAAGUGGGGAGCAGCUCCAUGUGCCCCAUCACAUCUCCGAUGUCCUUUCAGAUAUCACCUACUACGUGUACACAGCUCGCAGGACACCCAAGGCAGUGCUGUGCUGCCACGUGAGGUCCCAGUGGGAGCCCAACGAGUAUCCAGCCAGCAUGGAGCGCAUGCAGAGCUGGACCCCGGAUGAGUGCAUCCCAGAGUUUUAUACAGACCCUUCCAUCUGCCGAUCCAUCCACCCGGACAUGCCCGACCUGGAUGUGCCAUCCUGGUGUAGCUCCUACGAGGAGUUCAUUGAAGUUCACCGCAUGCUGCUGGAGAGCCGAGAGGUCUCUCAGGACCUCCACCACUGGAUUGACCUCACGUUUGGCUACAAGCUGCUGGGGAAGGAUGCUGUCAAGGAGAAGAAUGUCUGCCUCCAUCUAGUUGACAACCACACGCAUCUGACGACCUAUGGGGUGGUGCAGCUUUUUGACCAGCCGCAUCCCAGGCGCAUGGUGGCUUCUGAAGCCCCAGCCAUUGCCCGGCCCCUUCUCCAGAACAUCCGGGAGACUGUGGCUUUGGAGGACAUCCAAGGCCAGGUGACAGAUGCAGUUAAUGGGCUGAUCCAGGAGGCUACUCCCAGUGAAACUACCUGGUCUGGAGAGAAACCCAUCGCUGGUGAGGAUGAUCUGGAGCAAGGCACAGAAGCCCUGGAUUCGAUUUCUGCUCCUAGCAGAGCUGCUGACCAGCCCUGUGCCACUGUGCCCCCAGCACAGCCCUCCACCCUCCCUGCUUAUGCCACCGACGGCAAAUCCUCAGCUGUCCGACCUCUCCGUCGCAGCAAGGUGGGUGCCAUGGAUCAGGCUGACAUGAAGAUCACACUUCCUGAAGGCUUCAAUCCACUCCAGGCCCUGGAAGAACUGGAGAAACUGGACAAUUUCUUGGUUAAAGGUUUAAGCAGUGAGAUGCAGCUAAUGGAGCAGCCUUGGGAGGAGCUUCCCCUGGGUCUCUCAGACCUCUUCCAGAGGGACAUGCAAGCUUUGGGCAUUCUGGUAGCUGAGAUUAUAUUUGCACCAAGGAUUCGUCCUUCGAAGCCUGACGCAUCCCUGCUGGAGCGGUUCCUGCUGGUGCGUAAUCUGUGUCGUUACCAUCCCAAGGAGAUCCCGGCUCCGCUCCAGCACAUGCUGCACGUCCUGCUGCAGCUGAGUGUGCCAGUGGAGAAGCUUCUGAAGACCAGGCAAGGCAAGGGCAUGGUGCAGUUGUUUGAAUACAAACCCAUCUCCCAGGGCCUCCCCCCACCCUGUCCCAUGCAGCUCCUCAGUCCCUUCAGCUCCAUUGUUCCCUUCCCCACGUACUUCCCAGCUCUGCACAAAUUCAUUUUCACCUAUCAGGCAAAGAAGAUAGAGGAUGAAGGUCAAGGCCGGGAGCUUGUUUUCCAGCUGUGGCAGCAGCUGGAGGGGAUCCUUUCUGAAAUCACUCCUGAAGGCUUGGAGAUUCUUCUGCCCUUUAUAUUAUCUCUGAUGUCUGAGGAGAAUACUGCUGUCUAUGCAGCCUGGUACCUCUUUGAACCUAUAGCUAAAUCCCUGGGCCCGAAGAAUGCCAAUAAAUACUUGCUCAAGCCACUGAUAGGAGCGUAUGAGACACCUUGCUACCGCCAUGGCAGGUUCUACCUGUACACAGACUGCUUUGUUGCCCAGCUGAUCGUGCGCCUGGGGCUGCAGUCCUUCCUCCUGAACCUGCUGCCCCACAUCCUGCAGAUCCUAGUUGGCAUCGAGAGCUCGCGGGAGGAGAGCAAAUCCCUCCUUGGCACAGCUGAAGAUGAUGAGAGUGGAGGGGAAAGUCCUGUCUCAUGUGUGUUUGGGGAGGAGAUCAAAAUGGAUGCGGAGCACAGCUCUGCUGCACUUGACCUCCUUGACUACACCUCUGGUGUCAGCUUCCAUGACCAGGCCUACCUGCCUGAGGGUGAGGACUUCCAGAGUGGCCUCUACGUCGGGGAGUCCCUGCAGCCCCAGGAGCAGGAAUCGCUCAGCCUUGGCCGUCUGAGUGACAAGAGCAGUGCCAGCGAGGUGUCCCUGGGGGAGGACAGACCUGCUGACGGGGAUUCCCAGAAGGACAAGAGCAGCUUGAAGUCGAUGGACAGCAGCCAGGACCUGAAACAGAGCGAGGACUCAGAGGAGGAGGAAGAGGAGCAUGAUGAAGAGGAGCAUGAUGACGCUGCGGUUGAUGCAGAGCUGACGGUGGUUGUGGAUGCUGGUGCCUCAGUGGAUGUCACCCUGGCUGAUGACAGCAGUGAGCCAGAGGAUGGGGAGGGAGAGGAGCUGCCGGAUCACUCCGAUGACAAAGAGCAGACAAUACUACUGGACACAGCCUGUAAGAUGGUGAGGUGGCUCUCGGCCAAGCUGGGCCCAACCGUCACGUCCCGCUUCAUCGCCAGGAACCUGCUCCGUCUGCUCACGUCCUGCUACGUUGGCCCUACCAGGCAGCAGUUUGUGCCAAGCAGCGAUGAGAACAGUCCCCUGAGUACAGGAAAUAUCUACCAAAAACGGCCAGUGCUGGGGGAUCAGGUGUCCAAGCCAGUGCUGGCCUGUCUUGUACACGUGGCAUACCUGUAUGGAGAGCCUGUCCUCACCUACCAGUACCUGCCCUACAUCAGCUACCUGGUCGCGCCCGGCAGUUCUGGCGGCGGGCGGCUCAACAGUCGGAAGGAGGCUGGGCUGCUGGCUGCUGUCACGCUGGCUCAGAAGAUCGUGGUGUGUCUCUCAGACACCACACUGAUGGACAUUCUCCCCAAGAUCAGUCAGGAGGUGCUGCUCCCAGUGCUGGGCUUCCUCACUUCACCAGCUGUCGGUUUCCCCAGCGGUGCCCAGGCCCGUGUCGUCCUGUGUGUUAAGACAAUCAGCCUAAUUGCCUUGAUCUGCCUGAGGAUUGGGCAGGAGAUGGUGCAGCAGCAUUUGAGUGACACAGUGAGAAACUUUUUUGGGGCAUUCUCCCUGCUGCAAGAGCUGCAGGACCAGGGGUUGACAGCAGAGUCACUGAGCAGCUGUGAGGUGCCAGUGAUGGAGGUGCCCCUUUCAGAUGGGAAGCUGCUGGCCCUGGAUCCCUCUGUGCUGGUGGAGUUACAGAAGGUGUUUACCCCUGAGAUGGCCUACAUCACCUACAUCCCAUUCUCCUGCUUGCUAGGUGAUGUUAUCCGGACGGUUGUGCCCAACCACUCCAUGGUUGAGAAGUUGGCCAGCCUCUACCUGGAGAAUGUGAACCCCAAGAACCUGCAGGUGGUUGGCCUGGAACAAACACAGAGUGCAGUGGGCUCAGACCAAGAUACACGAGGGGCUGAGCCCUUCUCCAGCCCCCACGAGGACACUCACUCUGGUACUUUUGGGAGUGUGCUGGUAGGGAACCGCAUCCAGGUCCCUGUGGACACACAGCGUGAGGGUCUUGGCUUACUUCGCCUCAGUGCUGGCACUGAUGGCUUCAUUCCCAGCUCAUCCAGCGAGGAGAAUGCCCUGAAGCAUGACCUUCCUCGCAGCACCCACAUGCUGUGUGGGAACUGGCUGGCCUACUGGCAGUAUGAGAUCGGGGUGAGCCAGCACGACCCUCGCUUCCACUUCCACCAGAUCAAGCUGCAGAGUUUCUCAGGGCAUUCAGGGGCUAUCAAGUGUGUGACACCACUCAGCAGUGAGGACUUCUUCCUGAGUGGCAGCAAGGACAAAACUGUUCGCCUGUGGCCCCUGUACAACUAUGGGGAUGGCACCAGUGAGGUGCCACCGCGGUUCACUUACGCUGAGCACAAGAAGUCUGUUUUCUACGUGAGCCAGCUGGAGGCACCACAGCAUGUGGUGAGCUGUGAUGGGACUGUGCACAUCUGGGACCAGUUUACGGGCAAACUUCUCCGAACUUUUGAUGAAUUAGACAGCAAAGUCCCCAUCUCAGCUGUGACCACCAUGCCACCUCCCUAUCACAGCAUCUCUGUGGCCAGUGCAGACUCUGUGCUGCGGUUCAUCGACCACAGGAAGCCAGGAUUACAGCAUGAGUUCCGCCUGGCCAGUGGGGUGAGCGCUGGGCUGAUCCGCUGCUUGGCAGUCAGUCCCAACGGGCGCAGUGUCAUGGCUGGUUUCUCCUCUGGCUUCAUUGUGCUGCUGGACACCAGGACAGGGCUCAUCAUGCGGGGGUGGCCUGCCCACGAGGGAGACAUCCUGCAGAUCAAGGCUGCAGAGGGCAAUGUGCUAAUCAGCUCCUCUUCGGAUCAUUCCCUGACUGUCUGGAAGGAACUGGAGCAGAAGCCUUUGCACCACUACAAAUCUGCAUCUGAACCCAUCCAUGCAUUCGACCUCUACGGCAACGAAGUGGUCACUGGCACUGUGGCCAACAAGAUUGGUGUCUACUCCAUGCUGGAGUCCUCAGCUCUGCCCAUCAGCACCACCAAACUGAGCUCAGAGAAUUUUCGGGGUACACUGACCAGCCUGGCAGUACUGCCCACGAAGUGCCAUCUCCUGCUGGGCUCAGACAACGGCAUCAUCCGCCUCCUGGCAUAGUGACCCUCAGCCCAGGAGCUGUGGCUGUCCCACAGUCCUGGUGGUGGAGCUGGAAGCUAGCAGCGUCGCUUUGGGCGGAGGCAGUUAGAGUUUCUGAACAGAGGAUGCAGGGGGAGGUGUAGUUGUUAGUGAGCACUUGGUAAAAUGUCUCUAAUGUCUUUCUGUACCUUUAAAAA